AACCCACAUAAACCCUUUCAACUGAACGACCGAAGCCAUCGUAGGACAGUGAGAGUCAGAGAUCUGAUUCAAAUCUCCGACGCGACGCUAUGAGAAGGGUACCCUCCAUUCUGUUCAGAACGCUCGCCGCCCGACGCGCCACCUCCUACGUCGUCCAAAGCCGCCUUCUCCACGGCAGCCCCACCGCCGCCGACCACUCCCACCGUCGCCGCUUCUCCUACCUCCUCGCUCCCUUUGCCGCCGCGUCUCUCGGAUUCGCCGGCGCCCUCUUCUCCCAGGAAGUCCUCGCUAAGGAGCCUCCGCCGCCCGAGGCCCUUCCACGCGAGGUCGUUCUUUACCAGUUCGAGGCUUGCCCUUUCUGCAACAAAGUCAAAGCAUUUUUGGACUACUAUGAUAUACCUUACAAAGUUGUGGAAGUCAACCCUCUUAGCAAAAAAGAAAUCAAAUGGUCUGAAUAUCAGAAAGUGCCAAUAUUGAUGGUCGAUGGCGAGCAGCUAAAUGAUUCAUCAGCUAUAAUUGAUAAGCUGGGACUUAAGAUUCUGUCGAAGAAAAUUCCAGAGUCAACUUCUGAGGAUGAAGAGACAAAAUGGCGACGGUGGGUUGAUAACCAUUUAGUGCAUGUUCUGUCACCAAAUAUUUAUCGAAAUACCACUGAAGCACUUGAAUCCUUUGAGUAUAUUACUAGCAACGGCAAUUUCAGCUACAUAGAAAAACUUUCGGUGAAGUUUGCUGGAGCUGCAGCUAUGUAUUUUGUGUCUAAGAAUCUGAAGAAGAAAUACAACAUAACUGAUGAACGUGCUGCACUUUAUGAGGCAGCAGAAACAUGGGUAAAAGCUCUAAAUGGCCGAGAUUUCCUUGGAGGGUCUAAACCUAACUUAGCCGACCUGGCGGUCUUUGGGGUUUUAAAACCCAUACGCUAUUUGACGUCUGGCAAGGAUAUGGUGGAGCACACUCGUAUUGGUGAGUGGUAUGCAAGAAUGGAGAGUGCUGUUGGAGAACCUUCCAAGAUUAAACCCUAAAUUGAGUUCUUUUAUUGGCAUUUUUUUGUCUUCUAUUACUACGCUCUUGGCUUUUGCCUCCAUUGGUUGGAAGGGAAAAACAUUUGGGUUUCUCAGAGAGAACAUAUAUGGCUCUUUAGAACAAUACUACUUACUUUGUGGUAUUAGUGUUAUAUAGGCAAGGUUUUUGCUGAUAUUGAUUCUUUAGAAAAAUUAUUCUUCCGGUUAUAGGCUGCUGUUAUUGUAAAGAUUAAAGAAAUCUUACAGCUGUAUGAAAGAAAUAAGGCAACAUCUGCUAUGCCUGUGAUAUUUAAAACUUUGGUUUUGAUUAAUUUGAUUAAUUUAGAUGAGUUGAA